AUGUUCGUCAGGAUCUCUGUAGCUACGAUAGCCCUCAUCUCGCUUGCUGAAGGCGUGGUGCUCGGCCGUUCGAGGGGUAAUGAGAAGCCCCUUUUCGGUAGCAUCGACAACCCAGAGCUCACACCAGAGCUAAUCAACCUACUGAAGGAGCUGGAGGCCGAUUUCAUCAAGCAAGAUGAGGAGCGUAUUGCCUCAUAUGAUGAAGGUCCUCAAAUAGCAACAGUUUCGGAUGAUGGUAGCUUCUCAUAUCCGCCGGGUUGUGACCCGGAGACGCGCCCGGAAAACAAGUACUACUGCUUCCACGGCAAGCGCAUUACAACUGGUACUGAGAAGGAAGUGACAGCCAUUGUUGAUCUCUUUGAUAUCACUGACCCACAGGACAAUGUUAUUAUGGGUCUCACAGCCGAGUUCGAGGGCAAGACAGCGAAAAGUCUGCAAGCGCACGCCGGCGGUGAGGCAGAGGUUGUAGCUUUUGGUAACAAAAAAAGACUUGGCGGAGCCCUAACCUUGGGGACUUCUGAUGUGGAAUCCCCCAAGCCUGGGCUACUCGGCCGCUUGGAGAAGAACAUCGUGGGUAAUCCUCACUUCAGAGUCUAUGUUCUCGGCUACCUAACUUUAGACAUGGAGCAUGUACCCACUGCCAGUAGCUAUGUGUACGCUACAGAUGCUGGGAAUAUGGGCUUCAACGUGACAACAUCGGUCACCAAGAAGCUCAAGUUGGGUUCUGUUGGUGCUUCCCUCUCUCUGACCUUGGAUACUCUUAAGGCCAAUAACAGCGUGUGGGACCUCAAGGGUGAAGCGAGGGCCUUCGUCAGUACUUUAUUUCUCAAGUUGAACUUCCCGGCGACCUUCCUUAAGGAGAGGAUCGUGUUGAAGUAA